CAUCACAUAUACACUAAACAUGGUGGAGCGCUGGACGCCAGAGUUUGUUUUUAUAUUACCUCCGUAGAAUAUUUAAUGUGUAUUUUUAUAGUUCUUUUAAUUAACGAAGAAGAGUCGUUUUAAUUGUUAAAAGUGAAGUAUAAAAAUGCCCCUUCCCGCUGCGUUAGCUGCGCGUUUAGCAAAAAGAGGGCUAAUAAACGGCAAGAAAAGUGAUUUUAAUAAAGAACCUAAGAAGAAGGUACACGAAGAAGUUAUAGCAGAAGAUUAUGAUAAUACUAAAGAAGACAUUAGUCAGAUUGACAUUACUCAAAGAUUUAUGGGAUACAUUGGCUGCCCAAACAAGUAUAACAUUUAUCAUGAUUGUACGAGAAAGUGUAAAGAACAAUGGGGUAAAGGACACACACAACCUCCUGAGAGGUACUUAAAACGACAAUUGAAAUUAGUUCAAAAAUACCCUCUACCAGAGACAUGGAAAGCUAUUUAUGAUCCUGGAAGUGGGCAACAUUACUAUUGGGAUUGGUCUUCAGAUUUAGUAUCCUGGUUUCCACCUGGUCACCCAAAAUGUCAAAUUUCUCAACCUGCAUCACAGUUAAGAGAAGAAUUGCAUUUGAAAGAAGCUGAGAAAGAUGACAAUGUGUCAAGCGAGGAAAGUGGCAGUGAACAGGAGCCAGAUGAGAUAAAUGAGCCAGACGCCAAACGCGAACGAAAGGACAGUCGAGAAGAAAAAGAUCGCGAACGCGAUCGAGACCGAGAUCGUUCACGAAGUGGUACUGAUAGACGACAUCGCGACAGACCUGAAAACCGAAAUAGUAAUAAAAAAGAUCGGACACUUGAUCCAAUGGAUCCUGCAUCAUACAGUGACAUACCUCGUGGCAAAUGGUCAGAUGGAUUGGCCAGACAAAACGAAGCAAAGACUGGUGUUGAUACUACUGCUUCUGGACCUCUGUAUCAGAUGAGACCUUAUCCGAGUCCUGGAGCUGUGCUUCGUUCCAAUAAAGCUGGUGGUAAAGAACAGAGUGAUGGAAUAUCGGGGAAGCCUAAAGUUUCAUUUCCUGAGGAACCCGAAUAAAAUUAUAUUUGAAACAGUUGUAUAUAAACUUUGUGAGAUGAUGAAAGUUUUUUUUAUUUAAGAGUUGAAGAGGAUAUAUGAUAAUUGAUGGUGAACAUUAAAACUAUUGUUGAAAAGAAAUAUCUAUUGAUUUUUUGUGUAAAAACUUCUAUACCAAAUUCACAAAGGUUUUUAUAAGCAUUUCAAAGUUUCGCAUUAUAAUAUUUUUUAUUCCUGAAAUACGGAUUAUGAAUUUAAAAUAUUGACAAAUUACCAUUUACUUUCAUACAACAAAAGGUAUAAACGUAUUCCUUAAUAAAUUUUAAGUAUGCCUUGGCACCUCCACGUCAUGAUCAGUUUUAUAACUAUAAUAUCUUCUAUUUAACAUGAACUGCAGAGAAGAAUAUUAUUUAUAAUGUACAGUUAAUAGCUUCAACAGAAUAAUAGUUCUAGUAAUGUUUUAGAUUUAUGAAAAAUUAUGUUUGGAAGACACCCAUUGAGAACUUGUUUAUUACAUAAUUUUAAUGAUAAUAAAUAAUACUACAUAAAAAAUACUAGUAUGUAUAAAUAUUUCUUCUUAUUUAACAAGCAAAUACUUGCACAUUUUUAAUGUUCCCAUAAAGCUCAAACUUUGUUUCAGUUCAAGCUAUUAACUACACACUAUAAAUAAUAUUUGUCUCAUUACGGUUAUAAAACUAAUAACGAUGUGUCGGUGCCAAAGUAUAUCUAAAAUUUGUUAAGAAGUACGUUAUGUUCCUCGCUAUACGUAACAGAAAUAAAUAACAAUUUGUCAGUAUUUGAAAAUUCAUAAUGAAUAUUUUAGGAAAACUCAAUUUUAUAGUCCAAAGCUACAGAUUACAUGCAUUCACGAUGAUUGAAAAUUGUAUUAAUACUGACAUGAACAAAUUUAUAUAAAUAUAUUGGAAUUAAAAUGAUACUUCCUACAUACUUAAAAACUUACUAAUCUAAGAUUCAAAUUAACUAGAAAAGGGUUGAUUAAUUUAAAUGUUACGUCUUAUAAUUAUUCCUCUGAACAGAUAAAAUUAAGUUAUUUAUUAUAAUUUUUCCAAAUCGGUAUGUAAUUCCGAUAAACAGUUAAUUGAUCGAUGUAAAUUUUUUAAAUCUUCGAAACGAGAAAAAUGCAGAGUCACCGAAGUAAAUAUAUUGUUCUGUACUUAAUGUUGAUGUUGAUA